AUGAUCGAUGAGGCGAAGAUGGGGUCGGUCUACGGCAAGCUCGUGGGUGUGCUGUACGAGUCGUUCAUGACCAAGCCUCUGCCGUCGGUUUCGAGUCUACUCACGCUUAGGUUGUCGCAGGCGAUGACGCGUACCACUAAGACCGACGUCCCGGAGUCGGACGCGGGCGACUGGGCUAAGCUGGAGAAGACCCAGAAGAAGCGCGACAUCAUGGUCAUCCUCAAGCUCAUGAUCUCGAGUGCCAAGCGGGUUCUCGAGGCGAUGGUGCAUCCUGUAUCACAGUUGAUCCCGUAUCUGCUCAAAGAGCCGAUUCAGCUUCGGGAUGGUGCCCCAGUAUUCGCCAUCGACUCCAACGUGCACAUCACGCCGCAGCCGAACCCGUACGAGUCCUGGUGCAUGAUUUUGAAGGACCAGGCGUUGGUGAAGUACGUCAAGUACAGGAUCAGCGACAUGACCCCGAGCGAGACCAUCACUCGAAUGACGACCGACAUGAGAAUGCAGGACCUGGCCGAGAAGAAGAACUAG